UUAACUGACCGGAAGCGGAAGUUCAGGUCUUUUCCGUCCUCCUCGGUUCUCGCCGCUUGUGUCUCGGGCGGUACGCGGGGGAGAGGGUAUAAUCCGGGGCAAUCCUCUGUCAGGUGCUGGUCCGCGCCGGCUUCCCUGCGCGCUUCGUCGCCAUGCCUCGCAAAAUUGAGGAAAUCAAGGACUUCCUGCUCACAGCCAGGCGAAAGGAUGCCAAAUCUGUCAAGAUCAAGAAAAAUAAGGACAAUGUGAAGUUUAAGGUUCGGUGCAGCAGAUACCUUUACACCCUGGUCAUCACAGACAAAGAGAAGGCAGAGAAACUGAAGCAGUCCCUGCCCCCAGGCUUGGCAGUGAAGGAGCUGAAAUGAACCAGACAUGCUGAUUUGAACAGUAAUAAAAUUUUUAAAAUUC